AUGGCAUACGCUGCUGUAACUUCACUUAUGGAAACACUUUCUCUAAAUUUCUUGCAAUCACAACCACCCUUCCCUCUUGAAGAUUUAGAGGCACAGAUUAGAGAUGGCAAUGAAAAUCUUGGUUUGCUGCAACAAAUUCUUGAGAAAUCUGAGAUUGGCAAUGAUGAUGCGGGGGCGAUGAAAGAUGGAGAGGAUGCAGAGGCUGAGAUGAGAGAGAUGGGGUUGGAAGAAGCGUCUUCUUCAAGUGAUUAUUACCCUAAGAAGAAGAAGUUGAUUAAAAGUGAAAAGCUGCAGCAGCUUGCAGAAUUAGAGGCAGAGAUCAGAGAUGAAAAAUAUGAAAAUCUUGGCCUGCUGCAACAAAUUCUUGAGGCACAGAUGAGAGAGAUGGAAUUGGACGAAGAAGCAUCAUCAAAGCGUCUUGGUAUAAAGGCUUGUCUCCCCAGGCUUUAUGGAAAGCAGCAGCAGCUUGCUUGGGAUACUAUACUUUUGACUUCUCGCCUCAGGGAGAUGGCUGAAAUCAAACAAAACAUAGUUUCUCUCCAUCAAAAUCUGGGCUUGCUGCAACAAAGUCUUGAGAAAUCUGAGAUCCCCUAUGAUGAUGCGAGGGUGAGGGUGAUGAAAGAUUUAGAGGCAGAGAUCAGAGAUGCAUCGUUCAAAUUGGAAGAAAGGAUUGAGAUGGAGUUGACUCCCAUUUAUCUAGCAAAGGACAGCCUUCAUAUAACAGCUUCCCUCCUCAGGCUUCAUCAAAUCUUCAUUGAAGCAGAAAAACGGACUGAUUACCACAGGAAUGAGUUGAUUAGGCUUGCAAAGGUUUCACUCCUUGGUCGGAUCCGACGAAGAGGACUACUGCUUGUGAAAGGAUCAUCACUGCCUCAUCUAGUACACAACAACAUUAUUGUGACUAAUAAAUUUUUCAAAAACUCUUCAAAGUUCGACACUACAAUGGUCGGAUGCCACGAGGUGUUCACGAAGAUAUUGGAUCAGCUCAGGCAACAAUCAACUAAGAGCAGACAUAUUGUGUCGAUUGUUGGCAUGGGAGGAAUAGGCAAGACCACUUUAGCACACAAACUUUAUGAACAUCCAUUAACUACUUCUCAUUUUGACAAGCGAGCAUGGGUUACUGUAUCCCAAGAAUAUAACGUAGAACAAAUGCUCCGAUGUCUUCUUAGUUGUGUUACUGCAGCAUCAAGUGAUCGCCAACACCAAUUUGCAGAAAGUCUGUGUAAACAUUUGAGGGGUCAGAGAUAUUUGAUAGUGAUUGAUGAUAUAUGGAGCACUACUGCUUGGGAUAGUGUGCAGAGAUGCUUUCCAGAUGAUAAUAAUGGAAGCCGUAUACUGUUGACUUCUCGACUCAUGGAAGUUGCUGAAUAUGCGAGUUCAACUAACUCUCUCCUUAACAUGCCUUUCUUAGAUGCCAAUGAAAGUUGGAAUCUCUACUGCAAAGUGUUUGGUAAAACUGAAUUUCUUUCGGUGUUUGAGCAAAUUGGUAGAGACAUAGUGAAGAAAUGUGAAGGAUUACCUCUGGCCAUUAUUGUAGUUGCUAGUCUUCUCUCCAAGAUAAAGGAGGAGGAGGAAGAGUGGAAGAAUGUUGCAAAAAGUGUAAUUGGUGGUUCUAAUGAUACAUGUUCCAGAAUACUAUAUCUAAGUUACCACCAAUUACCACACCACUUAAAAGCUUGUUUUCUUUAUUUUGGAGUUUUUCGGGAAGACUGUGAGAUUCCUGUGAAGAAAUUGGUUAGGUUGUGGACAGCAGAGGGAUUUUUGAGGGCUGUGAAGCAUGUGAAUAUGGAGAAAGUGGCCAUUGAAUGCUUGCAAAAUCUUGUUGAUAGAAGUCUUGUUAUAAUUAGCAAACAGAGCUACAAUGGAAAAAUGAAGACAAUAAGGAUACAUGAUUUAUUGCGAGAUUUGUGCUUGAAAGAAGCUGGACGUGAAACUCUAUUGAAUGUGAUUGGAGAUGAAAAACUUCCAUUUUACAAGAGGAAAUCACAACACUUGUUUUCAAAACCUUGUCGUUGGAUAAGUGAUACAUCAGAAUGUUUGAAUAAUCAAAUCAAGUCAGGAGAUAAGCGCUUUGACAAAUCUCAUUCCUUACACUCAAGGUUUGAUUACACAUUUGGAUUUUACUUUCGUGUGCUUGAUGAACUUCUAAUUUCACACUUAAAACUGCUAAGAGUAGUAGACAUUGAAUGUGGACAUUGUUACAAUUCAACUGGGGAAUAUGCAAAGCUUUAUUAUUCGUAA